AUGGAGGUGAUGGUGCCCGGGAGAAGUCUGAUGAUGGCCAUGGCAAUUGGGAGCAUCCCAGCAACUGGAAAUGCCAGGGGCAAAAAGAAGGCAGAUGGUAACUGCCAAUGGGAGGAGGAGCCAAGCACUUACAAACGGAAGAAGACAAAUGCUGAUCAUGAUUCCUCCUAUAACAAUGUGAUGCCACCAUCAGGCAAUGCUUGGAAUGCUGGAGAUGGAAUUGGAAGACCAAAUGCCAAGUCUAAUGCAGGAUCCAGUUGGGGUGAGAAAGAUAAGAUGGAGUUUGAUGAGCAUCUGGAAGUCCCAAAAGAAUCAAACACAUGGAAUACAGGGAAAUCAAAUGAAAGUCCAUGGGAUAACACUUAUGCACUACAGGAUUCCUGGGUUAACAGUGCAAAAGCACAAGAACUACAUAUAUUUCACCUGGAGCAAAAGAACAAGAGCAAAAGAACUCGAGAAAUGGCUCAGAUUUACCCAUUAUCAGCAUGA